AAUAUUAUCAGUACAAUGGAAAAACCUUUUAUCAACGGCUUUAAUGACGGUGUGAAUAUUAGCUUUUGAGUUAUGGUGUUAUCUAUAUGAAACUCAUACGAUAACCAAGGCCGAUUAUAAAUUAUUAUUUUAUUUAAUAGUGUUAGUGCUUCAUUAUAUAAUGGAUUUUACGUUUUUUCCGUGAAGGACUGCCCCAUGGUUUCGUCCAUGCAUGGCACCAUAUUCCUUGAAAGCGAAAGCCCUCACAUUUUAAUUCACCGUUAGAAGCGCUGAUUAUCAGCCGAAAUUUAUGACCAUAUGAUAAUAUAUACUAUGUUACCUACCCUGGGAUUAAUCAAUUGACAAUAGCGUCACUAUGCUUUCGGUUCUGGAACCGCUUAUUCAAGGUUUGAUUCCUAUCUCAAAGAACUUGGAUCUAAAUGGAGGCCAUAACGAUGGGUUGAGUUUUUUGCAGCCGGGUAAUUAGGGUCGUGCCUCUCAAUCAUAUAUAUAUAAAGCCAUAUGCAUCUAUGCCUUCUUGUUUUAUUCGACACAUACACAAAUAUCUAUAUCUAUAUACCCGCGUCAAAACACCCUUAGUCUCACUUUUAGAUCCUCUAAAUUACCUUUUUGUCUCAUACCCACCAAUUUCAUAUAAAACCAUCCGGUUUCUUUGUCUCCUCAUAGUUUUAGACUUCUUUAUUACCUUUGUUUUCUUUAUCUUUUACUCACCUAUUUCAUAUAUGAACUUACUCAUUUUCUUUCAAUGCAUAAUUAUCUAAAACCAGUAUAUAAUAACAAUGCGGAUGAAUUGCUAUUUGCAUUCAAGCCAAGCGAUUGUAUUGUUAGUAAUUUCAAGAUAUUUUCAAAUGGACUAUAUACUUUCUUUGGGAAAAUAGACGAUGGUUCUCAAAGGUAGUGAUAUUACUUUGCCUCUUUCCACAAAAGAGAUGCAUCCUCAGUCAAGGCCUGAUUCACCGGAGAGAUGAUUAAGGAGAUCGACGUUUUCAACUAUCAUAAGGACUUUGUUGAUGCGCACAACGCAGCCCGCGCCCAGGUCGGGGUGGCCCCGCUAGCAUGGAACGACACCGUUGCUGCCUAUGCCCAGACAUACGCCAGCAAGCGCGCUGCCACUGGCUGUGCCCUGGAGCACUCGAUGGGCCCGUACGGCGAGAACCUGGCGGAGGGCUAUGGUGAGCUGAGCGGUGAAGAUGCUGUCAAGAUGUGGGUGAGCGAGAGGGCCAACUACGACCAUCACUCCAAUGCUUGCGUUGGCGGCGAGUGCUUGCAUUACACGCAGGUCGUGUGGAGGAGCUCGAUUCAUCUCGGGUGCGCUAGGGUUAAGUGUAGCAAUGGGUGGUGGUUUGUGACUUGUAACUAUGAUCCUCCAGGAAAUUACGAAGGUGAAAGUCCCUACUAACUAAUAAUGAGCGUACUUUUCAUUUGCAUUGGUGACAUAAUGUCAAUGCGUACUAGAGACACUGACUAGCUAUAGCCAGCUAGGAAUUCUCCUAGUUGAAAUUGAAUAUUGAUGGAUUGUCAUAUGUAGUUUGCUUUCCUUACACAAGAAGGAUUCAUGUGGAUUAAUAGUUGCCUUCUUUC